AUGACCAAAGAUGCGACGACCUCCAGGACCCUCCAAUCUCCGCCGUUGCUAAGCGACAUAGACACCGCCGACGACACCACUGGUAGCAACAAACGUAGAGGCAUUCGCUUCCCUCGCGAGGCCGUGAAAGUCCUGAGGGACUGGCUGGACACUCACACCGGCAGUCCCUACCCUUCCGAAGACGAGAAGGUCGAACUGCAGAGUCGAACAGGCCUGAAGCCAACCCAGAUCUCAAACUGGCUAGCGAACGCUCGCCGACGCCGAAAGGCAAGUCGCCAUACCAGGCCAAAGCUCUGUGCGUCCCCGAGUCUGAAACCAAUUACGCCACCCAUCAAGAUCCCACGGGGCAGCAUGUCUUCCCCCGAGCUCGACCCGCUCGAAAGAUGGAAGAACUCGCCUCCAGAACACGAGCCGGCGUCCAUCAAAGAUAUCGCCAAAGCUGUUGCCAAGAGUGCACUGGACGGCGAUGCAAUCCAGACUUCACCUUCGAGUCAAGGCUGGCAGAAGGCUCGCUCGAGCAAUGGCUCGGGCUUGUCGGACGUGUUAGCUCCAUCGACCACAUCGUUCGAAACCGGGCAGUCGGCGCCGCUGUCCGCCUCUAAUCUGACUGGGAAGAAAGAGCGCCGAAGACGGAAACGGCAGCAGCGUGAACCUCCACGCAAGCUGAGUGACAACAAGAGGCGCAUGUUCCAAUGCACUUUCUGCACCGACACCUUCAAGUCCAAAUACGACUGGACGCGGCACGAGAAAACACUCCAUCUGUCCCUCGAGAAAUGGAUCUGCGCUCCUCUUGGUCCUGUAAUUACGGAUCAGGCGACGGGUAAGCAGAAAUGCGUCUACUGUGACCAGCUUGAUCCAUCCGAUGAACACAUCGAGACGCACAAUCAUCGCCAAUGCGAAGAGAAGGGAUUGGGUGCUCGCACAUUCUACCGAAAAGACCAUCUGCGGCAGCAUGUCCGGCUAGUACACAACUGCAAGAUGACACCUUCCAUGGAUACGUGGAAGUCGGUCACCAACAACAUCAAUUGUAGAUGUGGCUUUUGCGGCCAGCGCUUCACAGGCUGGCAGGACCGGGUGGACCAUCUAGCCACGCACUUCAAAGCCGGUGCUCGUAUGUCCGAGUGGAAAGGGUGUAGAGGGUUGGAUCCGAACAUCGCCGCCUUGGUCACCGACGCCAUGCCUCCUUACCUCAUCGGACAUGAAGCUCUCGCUCCGGAUCCGUUUAGCGCCACCAACAAGUCCACUCUGGGUCACGAUAUGCUCAACGACGCCACCACUCGCCCUGACAACUCCCAGACCGCUCCGCAGGACUCUCCAGGAACCAGCAAAGCAAGCUGUUGGGAGAUACUGACCAUAAGGCUGGGCGAAUACGCCAACGACAUGGCGAAGAAGGGCGUGGUCCUCACAGACGAGAUGUUACAAUCCAAAGCCAGACGUAUCUUAUACGAGUCCGAUGAUGCUUGGAACCAGACUGCCGCCGAUAACCCCGAAUGGCUGGAUUUGUUCAAAAAAGCGCACGGCCUGGAUUUCAUCCCUUCG